UCUUGUCUGAAUGAAGACUCAUUGCUGGCUGCUACUGAUCCUCUCUGCAUCCUCUGAGUACUCCACCCGCUGGGCAUUGCGCUACCCCGUGUUAUCCCUUCUCAUGGACAUUGCUACGUAUUAUUUUACCUUCACCACUUGUACCCUGGAAACUGCUUGAAUAUAUAUCGGACAUUACACCCUCCGGACUCUACCUCACAAACUUUUAUUGGACCCUAUCUGUACAUCCUCUGGACAGUGCCUUCUGCCCCCCUAAUACUGCUCUGACACCAUUAGGGCACUGCUUCCAGAUUCUUGCUUUAUCUAUGGCCAAAUACUAAUUUAACCGCGAUUUUUAAAAUAUAUUUUAAUUUAUUUCUAACUUUUUUUUUGCUGAAGGAAUAUUUUUUUAAUUGAACUUGUAAAAAUGAAGCGACCCUGUGAUGACACCAGUUCUGACAGUGACAUGGAUGAAACCAUUGAUGUGGGAAGUGAGAAUAAUUAUUCAGGGCAUAGCAGCGGCUCGCUAAUUCGAUCGAAUUCCCCAACAACAACCUCGCAGAUUAUGGCCAGGAAGAAGCGAAGAGGGAUCAUAGAAAAACGCCGGCGUGAUCGUAUCAAUAACAGCUUGUCUGAGUUAAGGCGACUUGUGCCGACUGCUUUUGAAAAACAAGGAUCUGCAAAACUGGAAAAAGCUGAAAUACUACAGAUGACAGUGGAUCAUCUGAAGAUGCUACAAACAACAGGCGGUAAAGGUUAUUUUGAUGCACAUGCUCUGGCUAUGGAUUUCAUGAGCAUUGGUUUUCGGGAAUGUCUGACUGAAGUGGCACGGUACCUUAGCUCAGUGGAGGGCAUGGACACCUCAGAUCCCCUGCGAGUACGGCUUGUCUCUCACCUUAGCACAUGUGCCUCUCAGCGUGAAGCUGUGGCUAUGACAUCAUCACUGUCACAGCACCAACACUCGCUACAUCCUCAUCACUGGGCAGCAGCAUUUCAUCACCUCCCCACAGCCUUGCUGCAGCAGAAUGGACUCUCUUCCUCUGACAACAUCCCCUGCAGACUUUCCACAUCUACAGAAUUGCCUCCACAGCACAGUUCGGCCCUUCUCACAGCCACUUUUGCCCAUGCAGAUACUGCUCUCAGAGUGCCCUCUGCUGGUGGUGUUGCUCAUGGCGUCCCUCCACUUUCUACCUCCUUACUUUCUCUCUCUGCUACAGUACAUGCUGCAGCCGCAGCUGCAGCACAAAGUUUUCCCCUUAGCUUUGCUGGAGCAUUCCCAGUCCUUCCACCAGGUGCAGCUGCAGCAAUGGCAGCAUCAGCUGCCACAGCCAUUGCGUCUCCUCUGUCUACAACGUCCAGCCCUCGGCAAUCUGGUGGAGGAGCGAAUAGUAAACCUUAUCGGCCUUGGGGAACUGAAGUUGGAGCAUUUUAAUUUCCUUGUCCAAGUGGAUAUCUGCAGAACUCUAGUAUGUGCAAAACUUUAAUCUGUUUGUAUUUCAUGUGGUAUAAAAGCACCAUGGGGACAGUAAAAAUAACUGCACUAUGUGACUUAGUAUGCAACUACCAGAAGUGGAUAUAACGCUUUAC